AUGUAUGAAGCCAACAGUUCUGAGGCCCUGGAGCUCUUCUCAGUCAACCCAACCACCGGCGAGGUCACUGUGGCUCAGACCAUCCACAGCAGAGAGAAUGAAGUGUACCAGUUCUUCAUCCGUGGCGAGGACAGCGGCUCCCCACACCACCACGCCGACGUGCCUGUCACCAUUUUCCUGCUGCCCCCGCAUGAGGACCCCCCGCACUGCGCCAGGAAGUAUGCACAAUUCUUCAUCAGAGAGGACGCCCCCAUCGGUAGUGUUGUCACGUCCCUGUGGCUGGCGGGGCCGCAGGAGGUGCAGUACUUGAUCAUGGUAGACGAGGACAUGAAGGCAGCCAGUGAGGAGAGGGAGUCUGGGGAGAGUUCAGGGCCGUUCACUGUGACCCCCACUGGCCUGGUGGUGGUGCACAGGGCCCUGGACCAUGAGCGGCGCCGCACGCACCGGAUCACAGUCACAAACCGCACACUGGCCACGCCACCCACGCUGGACUACAUGACCAUAUCCGUGGUGGUGAUGGACGUGAAUGACUGCCCUCCACGCUUCCCUGAGUCCAGCUACACAGCCCUGGUGGCCGAGAACAGCGAGGUGGGCGCCACUGUCACCAUCCUCACAGCCACUGAUGACGAUGAAGGGAACCAUGGCCAGAUCCAGUACAGCCUCGGCCCCGAUGAAAGCGCUGUAGUGAAAUCAACGUUCCGCAUUGAUCCCCACACUGGGACGCUGACCCUGGCCGCCCUGCUGGACCGCGAGACCAUGGCCCAGUACUCCUUCACAGUCAUGGCCACUGACGGGGGCCCCAAGCCUCUGUCCACCAGCACCAGAGUCACUGUAAUGGUCCAGGACUACAAUGACAACCCUCCAGUGUUCACCAAAGACACUUAUGUCACUGCUGUGCCUGAGGACACGGCCACGGGCACGGCGGUGGUGGAGCUCAGCGUGACGGACGCCGACCAGUCUGUGGCCGAACUGGACUUCUUCAUCACCGGCGGCGACCCUGACGGCCAGUUCCUGGUGCACGCCUCAGGGGAGGUGUACGUGGCCGGUGAGCUGGACCGGGAGAGGCAGGCCGAGUACACCCUCACCGUCACCGUCACCGAUGGGAAGUUUACGGCCAACACGACUGUUACUGUGACCGUCAUCGACAUCAACGACAACGGCCCGGUGUGCAAGGAGCCAAUCUACCGGCGGGAGAUCUCCGAGGACGCCACCCCAGGCACCCACGUGGCCUCCAUUGUGUCCUGGGACGCUGAUGAAGGCACGGCUGCCCGGAGCCGCUACAUCCUCACCGGGGACAGCGCCAACCACUUCAGUAUUGACCAGCUGAGUGGCCACGUGUCCACGGCCACACAGCUGGACAGAGAGGCACGGGACCACUACCACCUCACAGUCUGGGUGGUUUAA